AGUUUGGAGUAUUCUUUUAUCAUUCAACAUUUUCAAGUAUAGUUUGCAAGGGAAUCGCCAGAUGACGGGUCAGAACGAACAGCUGGAAGUGGCGUUAUUUCUUAAAUAUGUCAAAAUUGUGUUAGCUGCUCCAGACGAGUUGAAAUUGUUGGAAAAUAGAGCAUGGAAUAUUUAUAGAAGUUUGUAAUAUACUACAAAAUUUGGAUCUACCGUGGGAAUAUCAACCUGUCAUAAAAAGUUUAUUAAUUAAGCUCUUGCAAAAUAAUGGCGUCCAUAAAUCUGUUAGAAGAGCGUGUAACGGAGCUUGAGAGCCGCGUUUAUGGUUUAAACAAAAAAAUCUCUAUCGACGACACUCUGCCGGAAAAAUCAGUAGUCGACAAUCUCUUGCACGCGAACACUCUGAUUUCAUCAGCUCUUUCUGGUCGUGAAAAUACCAACGUUCUCGUAAAGAGGUUGCCAGAGUUGAGUGAUAUGCUUGAUCCGAGUUAUGACAGCGAGGAUUUGCAGAAUGACGCAAAGUUGGAAUUACUAUUGGCUAUGGAACCGGAGAUAAAAGAACAUGCAGAAUCCAUCAAGCGCCUGGAAGAACUUGCUCCAGCUUUAAAGUUGGAUCAUAUGAGAGACACACCUGAAUUAAUGCCAAAAUUGAACAAAAUAACUUUGAGUUACAUCGAAUCUCACAAACAGUCAGAACAAUUGGCUGGGGAUGUUUGGGCUCUUUUCACUGAAUACAACAACAUUAUUGAGAGCAUCGCCAAAACUCUUAUAAGUUUAAACACUGUUGUCACCGCAGCAGAAGCUGCAGCUACACCCAAGAAACAAUUAGACUAAAAUAUUUUUUGAUAUCCAAGAUCCCAAUGUUUUUUUUAAUAGUUCAUUUUAUCAUGUUUAUUUCAAUUCACGUAUGUUCAAAUGCAAUAAUUUCUAAAAAUAUGUAUCUAUUCGUCCAAAAUAAAAGAAGAAAAGUGUUCUGAAA